CUUUUGCUGCCGCCCGCCUCGCAGUAGCUGAACCAGCACGUCAACCAAGUAUCGUCCAGUUCCAUACCCUCGUUUCUACUAUGGCGCCUUCUCUCAGCCUUCGUCCUCGCACCGGCGAGCGCCCUCCCACGCGGGACCAGGGCGACAACAGCCUCAUCAUCCCCAGCAGGACUUCCUCGCUGCAUUCUCGAAUCACCCAGCCGCUGCCGUCGACCCUCACCAUCAAGCCUGGCCAGCGAACACCCAAGACUCUGACCCACGCCUAUAUGGUAUGUGGUGUUGGAAGAGAGCCGUCUCAAUGGGUCAAGGCACCGUCGCCCAGCCAGGGCAAGAUUGGCCACAUGAAGGGAGCUGUUGGUACUUUCUGGCUUCCAGAGAUUCUUGGAAGCAGCCCUCGACUUGAGCAAGACAAUGAGAUUGCAAGGUCGCUCCAUGCGGCUAUGAAGGCCUGCUUUCCCCAUGAUGUCGAGAUCUGCACUGGGAAGAGCCAGCCGCAUUGCGUUCACCAUUCCUUCGUUCUCCAGCAAGACUCGUCCCACACUCUGUACGGAAUUGCCCUCCGCGUCUGGUCCAGGGCCGACGAGAAGAGAGCUGAGACGAUCCGCGAUCUUCGCAAGCGUACCGAGCCCGACUUCUUCGACACCACCGAGGAGACAUACUGGAUUCCCUACUGCUUGAGCUUCCUCUCCAGGUACCCGCUGUACAAUUUGCUCGGCGACUACCUCCGCGGCAUGUGGAUCCACUGGAAUAAGGCUACCAAUCUGUUCCAUGCAGAGGAGGUUUCCCGAAUCCUGAGUUUCCCAGCUCCUAGACUCAAUGAUCUCGUGCGUAUCGACAUGAAGGACUAUGCUCUGUGCUAUCAGUUCCCGUCUUCGCCCACUGGAUUCCAGAACUUCGCCAUGUGGCCGCUCUUCAUGUGCCUGUCCAUCCCCAACAUUGUAGGUGUGCUUGAGGCCGCCGUUUCACCGACACGACGCAUCAUUUUCGUGAGCCACUACCCAGCAAUGCUCACCAUCGCUGCGGAAACCGUUCGUUUCUCCGUGCGUGUGUACGAAUGGAGCGGUCUGUACGUUCCUGUGGUUCAUGCACGCCACGUCAAGGACUUGGUACAGGAACCUGGCCCUUACAUUCUUGGUAUCACCGCCGAGUGCCGCACCCUGUUCACCGCCCCUACCGAUGCAUUGGUCGUCGACUUGGACCGGAACUUCGUGCUGACGUCCAGCCCCCCGACUGCUCUCAGCCCUGGCCAGCGAACCAAGAUGAUCAACCGUCUCACUCAGGCCCUUAAUGGGGAGGUAGCACCAACUGGCGUUCCACAGCAUCUGCGUUCCGCAUACGGAGGCGGAAAGUUGAUCCCAGCUGGUCAAAUUAUCGUGAUGCGUGGUGAGGUGGAGAGCAUCCAGGACCCAGACUGGUGGAAUCAGGAUGCCGUUAUGACGGUCAUGGACCACGUGUGCGAGAAAUUGGGUCGUAACACCGGAGUCAAGGCUAUUUUUGGUGGCUCAGUCAAGAAGCCACUGAUGACCAAGGUCUCGAUGAGGCAUCUUAACGAGAUUGUUCGUGAGCGUAACCAAUACUCUCGCGAUGCGAUGGAGGCAUGGCAAGACUUCAUCAAUCUCAAGACUCGCAUGGACACCGAGGUUUCCAAGAUCUCCAAGCGGAACAACUUUUUGGUUGAGGAGUUGGAGAGCUGGAAGCAGCAAUUCCUUAAGUUCCAGGCAUUCGCUGAGCAACUCACCAAGGAGACCCAGGACCUCAAGAUUAAGAUUGAGAGCCACAAGCGCGAGAACCGUCGCCUUACUGGUCUUAUUGAUCAACAGAAGGAUGACACUGCCCGCCUCACCGUCCGUCUUUCCGGAACCGAGAAGCAGCGUGACGAUGCCCUGGAGGCCUUGGUCCUGCAGCAAGAAAUUGCCGAGGAGCUUGAGCGUGAGAGGAAGCGCAAUAAGAAGGAUCUUUCUGCUCUCCAACACACUAACAGCACCAUCCAACGACAGAGGGAUGAGGCUCAGCGUGUGGUGCUUCACCUUCGCGCAUUGAUUGACGGACAGACUCACCACAUGGAGCACAUUGUCAAGUCACUCAACACCACCCCAGAGCUGACGAGCUACAUUGAGGAAGGUUUCGAAGACGUUCCAGAGGAGGCCGAAGAGGAGUAUGAGCAUCCAGAUGCGAAGGAUGCUUCUGAAGUUGGUACGAUCCGCGGUGUUUCCGGCGUAGAAUCUCGCGUCUCGUCCCGAGCUUUCAGCCGCGCAAGCACUGUUGAUGGCAAGCAUCUCGAAGGCGAAGAUGUCUCACCCGACAUGGAGUCUCGUCUACUCAAUAGCCCCGUCUCGCGGAAGCGCUUCUCUACUCUCAGCAUGGCAGAUGUUGCUGACAGGCAUCUCCGGGACAAGACCGACGCCAUUGCAUACAUCAUCCGAAACAUCUCGGAGCAAUGCGCUGCAGCCGUGGAGGGUCUGCAACUCGCCCAAAAAGCGGACAGUGAAGACGACAACCACAGCGAGAGGCGUAAGCGCCAAUCCUCAGCCUCCUUGGACGGUCACGAGCGUCAUUCUAGCCGGGGCAGUGACUUUGGAGAGGAGGAUUCUUAUCUGCAUCCCAACCGCAACUCGAGCAUCCCUCCUACUCCAGACCUGAUCCACAACCGAUCAAGUACAUCAAUGUCGAUGGCUAGCGCUUCGACAACCCCAGACAGGCAUAGCCUGCAACCGUACAAGCAGGACGACAUCCCUGACGUCCCGACUAAGAUCAUCGAGCUCGACAACGAGAGCGUCAACGAGCAGGAGCUCCCAAACGACAUGGUCCCAGUAUCGAAGUACGCGCAACCUAUCCAACGCCCACUGCACGGGAGGAUGAGCAAUAUAGGGCAGUAGACGGCAAAUGCACAUAGACAGGCAACAAGAAUUGGUCGAAAACAGACGAAGAUCAUUUUUUCAUGAAACUGGGCGGGCUUUGGGGAGUUCAUUUCGUACCCGAUUGGCGGGCUGGUGUUAUUCGGAACAUGUCUUAUCUUUUUGGCCUUACACAGCCGUUACGUACGCGCCACCGUCGUCGAUCAUCUCUUGAGUAGCAGUUGUUGGAAAGAAGAAAAGGUGUUGGAAAGAGGCUAGAGGGAGGGCCCUUGUGCUUGCGUUGGAUUCGAUAUCCCGCCUUUCCCUACCGGCGGACUAUUUGUGUAGGGCUGCGUUUUGUGGGUUUGGUCUAUAUGUACCAAGCGUGUGUUUCCUUCGUAU